ACCACUCAAUGCUUCAAGUGUAUGCAUUAACUGCAACAUGAGCAAUGUAACAGCACACAUUAACAAUUUUCCUGAUGAAAUACUUCUACAUAUAUUCAAUUAUUUACCUACACCGGACUUACUUGUGUGUGUGACAAAAGUGUGUACUCGAUGGAACGCCUUCGCAUACGAUCGCAAGCUUUGGAAUCGCAGAAUGGUGGAUCUACCAGAAGAUACCUCUGUGCAGGCUUUGGUUGAAUGUUUCCCUAAAUGCACAUCUGUCAGUAUGGAACUCAACAGUGCCUCUUGGCCUGGACAGGCUAUGUUUGACGGGAAACACCUACACGCAUUCAUGCGGACAAGAGACUGUUUCCUUAGUUUCCUAACAACAAUAAUAAAAAAUGGUGAUGACAUUACAGAUGUAUCUGUAUGUGGCAUUAACGAGGAUGUGGAGGAAGUGCUGACGGUCAUUGCCCACUUACCGAAUCUACAGACUUUACUUAUAAACGGAUCAUUUUUUGCUGAUAAUUCAGGAAUUAGGCACAUUGGGGACAACUGUCCACACUUGAGGAAAGUGGACACAGGCGAAAUCACGUUUGCAGAAGAGGAAGUGGAAUAUUUUAUAAGAAAGAAGAAACAUCAGCUGACACAUAUAGGUUUGGCCCUACAAACAGCUGAAGGUUCCUCAUUGUUGCCUUUUCUGGGCCUCUGUGGUGAUACAUUAAUCAGCCUGGAUAUUUAUGGCAUUGCAGGCUUUUAUAUUACUGUCGUGGAUGAUGUGACUGUUUUCAGUGCCCUUAAAAAAUUGGAACAUCUCAGAUUUCACAAUUACAUCAAAUUUGGGAGUGAUGUCCUUGUAAAUGCAUUUACCUCCAGUUGGUUCUUAAAUCUGAGGACUCUUGUGAUAGAUACUGCCACUUAUGUGGAUGAUGAAGUAAUGGCAGCCAUCAGUCUCAAUUGCCCACUGCUGAAUGAGCUGCAGAUCAACUAUUCUCAAAUUACAGGAGAGGGACUGAAGUACCUGCACUGUCUCCGGAACCUGCAGAAGCUGGACCUGUCGCUCUCACAACUUUUGAAGUCUCUGGGAACACUCUCGCAGUGUGUCCAGCUGCGGAAGCUGAGCCUGGAGAGCUGUGCACGUGUCCAUUCGAGAGAAAUAGCGGAUGCGGUGCCGCACAUCCACGAGCUGCGAGUACUCGACCUCAGCCAGUGCGGGGCGUCACUGCUCCGUCUGCGGGAGCUGCCACAGCAUCUACCCUUCCUCCGUACACUUGUCCUUUAUGGUGCUGACAUAAAUGUUGAACAGCUGCAAGCUAUGAGGCACUGCGCACCACACAUUAAUGUUGUGAUAUAAAAAUCUGAAUUGGGCAGUCCGAUCGUAUACUGAGUGAAAAAUGGGGACCUGUUGUGUAAAAAUUUAAUCCUUGUGAUGCAGAUUAUGUUUCUUACAAGGUGUAAGAUACUAGUCACAGAAAGUGUAUAAAAGCUGUUAUGUAAUACUCAUAUUCAGCGUUAAUGUGCUUAAAGUAUCUGCAAAUCUUGUCCACCUUAGAAAGGGCAUAUUCGAACUAAAGCAAAUUGUAAGGUCUUACCGCAGUAGCAUAGAAAACCACCAACUUCUACCACAUGAUAGCCUUUUUAAAUAAUUUCUCUACAUUUUUUCGAUUGCCAGAAGCCACAAUAUAUUAAUCGUACAACAACAGUUGUUAAACAAUUGAGAGUUGAUAAUGUAUUGUAUCUGAUGCUUUAUUUUCACAGCAAUUGUAAUUUAAAAGUAACUGUCAUGUAA